AAGGAACAGGACAAAAUGGCGGGCUAGAAUUAACCAGGGUGUCUUCAACCAGGUCCGCAUAUCAGCUUUAAAUAUGGGCGAUAUCCAUAGUGAGUACAUCAUAACUCUGCAAUUAUGUCUGGAAGAGGAAAGGGCGGAAAGGGACUCGGCAAAGGAGGCGCUAAGCGCCACCGCAAAGUGCUCCGUGAUAACAUCCAGGGCAUCACCAAGCCCGCCAUCCGCCGUCUGGCUCGCCGCGGCGGAGUGAAGCGUAUCUCCGGUCUGAUCUACGAGGAGACCCGCGGGGUGCUGAAGGUGUUCCUGGAGAACGUGAUCCGCGAUGCCGUCACCUACACCGAGCACGCCAAGAGGAAGACGGUGACCGCCAUGGAUGUGGUGUACGCUCUGAAGAGGCAGGGCCGCACCCUGUACGGCUUCGGGGGAUAAACUCAUCUGACUGAAACACACAAAGGCUCUUUUAAGAGCCACCCACCUCACUUUGAGAGCCUCUGUCCUUGUGAUAGCUUAAGAACAAUUUAUCUGAUCCUUUUUUAGUAUCAUCAAAAACUUGAAGUCCUGUAUGAAAAUGUAAAUCCAUUUAAUUAUUAAGGGUAUAAUCCCUUGUGUUAAAAAAUGUCAAUACUAUUAAACAAAGUGGUUUGUACCUCAAAUUGAGAGAAUAAA